AUGCGACCGCGGUGUGGUGUAUGGUCCCUCCGCAACCUCUCCAUCUCAGUUCCAAGAGCUGUCCUCUCCGGAGAAGGCCAGUCUGCUAUCCUCAGAUGUUCCUAUGACUUGGAGGACGCUGCGCUGUAUUCUAUCAGGUGGUACAAAGCCGAGACAGAGUUCUACAGAUUUGUGCCAAGAGAAAUGCCACCUACUAUGGUAUUUCCGUUACCAGGGGCCUCUGUUGAUCUGACCCAGUCGGAUCACCAGCAAGUCCGCAUAGUGAACUUAAACCGUCGACUCAGUGGAGAUUACCAGUGCGAAGUAUCAGCCGACGCGCCGCUUUUCCAUACCGACAUUCGAUCUGCACCACUUACUGUUGUUGAUCCACCGUUUCGUGCUCCACGUUUGACAAUAUCGAGUGGCAGCUAUGCGCGUGGUGACAUUUUGAAAGCCAACUGUUCCGUCGACGAGGCGUAUCCAGCCCCUAAUAUUACUUGGAUGAUUGAUCAUCACAAGAUAGCAGAAACUGUUUCCUGGAGGACAUCAGAUCUGGACUUUAAAGAACGUGGCGCAUUUAGCCACCUUGAAGUGACAAUACUGGAAGCAGAACAUUACAAAAUGGGUUUGACUUACACCAGCUCUAGUUUGAACAGAGCCUAUCAAGAAAACUAUUAUGGAUUCGAAAGAGAACAGAAAGAUGAUAAAGAAACUUUAAGGUACACGCUUAUCCCUCCAGUCAACGGUCAAUUCACGCUCAGUUGUGUGGCUACAAUAUUUGAUAUCUACUCCAGAAUGAGUGAACCCAUGUUCAUCAGGGAGGCUGAUCCACCUUAUCCUGCAUCGGUAACCAGGGAAGAUUCUUCAGGUUCUUCAACCCCCCGCAGUGCCCUGCUGACGUGUGUUUGCGCUGUGGUGCUGCUUCUGCACGCGUUAUGA